UCUGGGUCCAAAGGCCAGUCAGAAGAAGAUGAUGAUUCAGAAAGGACUCCUCGACAAGCACGGCAAACCCAACGGCAGCACACCUGCUGACUGGAAGAACCAGUACGUGGACUACAGCGUCUCGAAGGUGAAGGAGGAACCAUGUGACUCAUUAAAGAGGAAACGGGAAGCCGCAGACAGCGAUGCCGAGCCGGCGGCGGCGGCCGAGGACGCAAAGAAAGAGAAAAAGAAGAAGAAAAAAGAGAAGAAGGCAAAACUGGAGGAGGAGGAGGCGGCUGAUGGGGGGGCGGAGCCUGGAGACGCAGAGACAGAGGUUUCGGGAGAAAUCGUCAAAAAGAAGAAAAAGAAGAAGAAACAGAAAGAUGGCGACGCGUCAGAGUGACAGGAAGCUCCGCCCACUGUCACACCUGUGACGCAAAGCAUUCUGGGAGUUUAAUAAUGGACUGAAAGACGUUUUUGUUUUUUAUAAAAAAAUCUUAUUUUGUUUUUUUCAUCUGUAAAUAAAUAAACAGUUUUAUGUA